ACCAAAGGAACUUCACGAGAAGAAGACUCCGCACAAGCUGAAGCUAAAUCGCGCAGUCCACAAUGCGCCACUUGAUUAAACUGUGGAUGUGGACCUUUCCCGAGACCCUACAAAAGGCUCGCAUUGCCAUUUUCCAGUGUCCGCAUCUUUAACUUCUAAGACUGACAAGUCAUUUUACAUUCCGGCCUUCCUUACUCAAUUCCUAACUACAAGACCUUGCUGAUUCACAAAUGAUCAUCGGCCGUUUGCACGCAAUCCCGGACUGGGGCACUAUAAGCACUUCCAGCACGGAGUCAGAUGAGCAACCGUCUCUGACAGAUGUGAAGUGGGACAACUUGGAGGACAGUCAUUACAGGUUGAACCCUUUGUGGCCUGAGAAUAUCUCGGAGUCGCUCCCCUCCGAACUCCAACCGUUUCUGCUGUCACGUCCAGUCCGCCCUCAGCACCUACAAGACAAACAGACCUAUCGGACCCAGUCACACGAGAAUGAUGAGAGAGUUGAGUCCAUCAACGAAGGAUCUUCUUUGUUUUGGGACAAGACGAACCACUCCAUCAGCGAGCAGUCUUCCCUUUUUGAUGACGACGAGACAGACCACACUAUCAGCGAAGAGUCUUCCCUUUUCGGGGACUCGGAUGAAACAGACUCCAUGAUCAAUGAAGCGUCGACACCUGCAAGUUUGCCACAGGAUCACACAGUGUUCCUUAAUGUUGGAUCGCAGCCUCCUGCAGGGCAGCAUUAUACUUGGACUCCCUCUAAUGUCGGGCUACAGCAUCCCGAGGUUCAGCACGACGCUCCAAUGCCCUCUAGUGUCGAGUUCCAACCUCCUGUGGGGCGGCACUAUGCUUCUACUCCCUCUAAUAUUGGGAUACAGUAUCCCGAGGUCCCGCAUAAUGCUCGGAUGUCCUCUAACGUCGGGAUGCAGCAUCCUGCGAUCCAGAAUGAUGCUUGGAUGCCCUCUUACGUCGGGAUACAUCAUCCCGGAGUCCAGCAUGAUGUUCGGAUGCCCUCUAGUGUCGGAUUUCAGCCUCCUAUGGGGCGACAUUAUGCUUGGACUCCUUCUAAUGUCGGGAUACAGCAUGCCGGGGUCCAGCAUGCUGCUCGGGUGCCCUCUGGUGUCGGGUUCCAGCCUCUUCCUGGGGCACAUUACUAUUGGAUGCGACCAAGUCUGGGGGCCAGCGGCAUGAUGAUGUUGCCACCUUCGAACCCGACAUAUUCCUAUGGGAUAACCACCGCAUUCCCGCCAAGCGCUCAAUUUAAUUCAUCUGCCAAUGCUUUCACAGCCCCACCCCCGAGCACGUCGUCGUUCAGGCAUGGUACAUGCACACCGGGGACGAAGCAAGGCUGAGAAGAAAUUGAGGACUCGAAAUAUGGUGUAGAUAGAGAUCUCAACGUUAUAUGUCGCAUAAAUUUUGUACAUUAUUCAUUUCCCGGGGGGUCCGUACUAUUACGUGUAUACAGUACAUAGCAUAAAUUUGAAUGGAGAUUGUAACCAUGCAUAGAAUAAAGACAAUAAUGAAAGAGGAAUGAGUUACAAUGGCAAUAAACACUAGUAGAAUGAAAUCUAGACCAGCAAGCGACGCAGAGGAAGAAGUCUUGGGGCAGAAGAAGAAGGUUACAGUACGAGUUGGGGGUAAGUGGUCGAAGCAGUGGGUCAGUAGGCCUAUAAGGAAGAUUAGUUG